AAUAAUUCCAAAAGUGCAGGUAAAAAAGUCUCGUUGGUUUUGGUUUGAUUUUCCUGAAAUUUACCAACCCGGCUCCGAAAUAAAAUAAAAUAAGGGUUUGGUCCUGCUGAAAUUGGAUUGGAUUCAGAGUUUGCUGGGGGAUUCGGUCGAAUCAAGCUGUGCAAACUCAAUGGCCUUGAUUCUGAUAAUUACUCCUCUCAUUUUUUUGUGGAUCAUUUCUCUAUGCAAAAUUCUCCUUCUCUCACGGAUCCCUUUCACUAAACAUUUUACACAGAAUGGUAGAGCUCUUCGGAAGAGAAAUAUCUUGUUAGUUAUUGCUCACCCAGAUGAUGAAUCCAUGUUCUUUACCCCAACUAUAAAUUUUCUGACUUCAAGAGGGCAUAAUGUUCAAAUACUUUGCUUAUCAAUUGGUGAUGCAGAUGGCAAAGGAAACAUUAGAAAACAAGAGCUUUUUCAAGCUUGUGUAGCCCUCAAGAUUCCGAUGCAACAAGUGAAGAUGGUCAAUCAUCCAGAUCUGCAGGAUGGCUUUGGCAAAGUUUGGAAUCAUAUCUUAUUGGCAAAGAUCAUUGAGGAGGAAAUAACUAGUCACUGCAUUGAUAUGAUUAUUACUUUUGACAACUACGGCGUCUCAGGUCAUUGUAAUCAUCGUGAUGUGCAUUAUGGAGUAUGCAAGCUACUGCAUGAUACUUUACGAAAAGAUGUUGAAGUUUGGGAGCUUAUUAGCACCAACAUAUUACGCAAAUAUAGCGGUCCUGUUGAUAUCUGGCUGUCCAUGUUUUGGGCCAUGCUGCACUCAAAUGGAACAAUGCAAUGCUUGGUAAAUGAACAUUAUUGUAGGAGCCUUAAAGCUAUGGCCCAGCACUCAAGCCAGUGGGUGUGGUUUCGCAAGCUUUUUGUUGCGUUGUCGAGUUAUACCUAUAUGAACACUCUUAGAAAGAUCAAGUGAAGUUACAGUGCUGAAAAGUUGUGGCGAGUAUGAGAUCAGCUUUCAUUUGCUGCUAUCCUGUUUGGCAUUUACAUAACCCUGUAAAUCGAACUUUUCUCAAGCUAUUCAUUAAGUGGAACUGUAGGUCAAGCAGCCUUUCACUUUCUUUUGACAUGAUUGAAUGGAAUCAUUACUCACCACUGAUUAUCUUCAAAUUAUCCUAAAGGCCUAUGUUCAUUAACAGUGAUCUAAGUUCGUUGGUUUUGGCUUAGUUUUCAAUUGUUUGUACUGGUAAAGUAGCACAGUAACUUUUUGCUUUUGAUUCAAUUUGGAUAAUAUUGUGGUUGAUUGUUUGUCA